GGAGCUGCGAGAACAAGAACUUCGACAAACUCGUCGUCCAUGGCAAGCAGCGGUAACGACGAGCCAUGCUAUCCCCGAGCACCCAUACUCCGUUGUGUCAGAAGCAAUGCUGGCUGCCGCUCCUUGCAGCCGUCUCGUUGCGGAGCUCUCGAUUCCUCUGUGGAGAGAGCUCCGCAAGUCGUUCAACGAAUCCGACUGACUCUCGUUUCAGCCGUCGCUUCUCAUCUGAUAAGUGCACUGAAUCAACCCAUCCAGCCACCACAUUCCGUUCACACAGAUUUUCCUUAUCACCUUCCACAUUCAAACCUUCCGCGUGAGAGACUAGCUCCGCUGGCCGCGUAACUUCACCUGACUCCAACAUUUACAGGCUUUGGCCUAAUUUCGCUGGUCACGAGGUGUCCUCUUGUAGUACUGGUAGUGCCUGGUGCUGCUGGCAACUCGUGAUGCUGCUUGUUGAAAGCGCAAACUUAGUCCGUGGCCUAGACUAACUUGUUUCGAGAGAGCCGCGAGGUCAGUACUGACGCCGGUGUAGAGCCGUCGUAGGUCCAUCUGUUACACAUCGGCGUCAGAAUUGCCGCAUGAGAAGUAUUUGAUCCAGCAAGCGUUUAUCUCUCCAGUACUGACGCUAUAGAGCAAGCUUCUACUACAGUAGGUCUAUUUGAUACUCUGCGGAGUCCGUCGCGCCGCCUCGUUGAGCUCUACGAGGAUCUUAUUCACUCGAAUUCCUCGUUUUCCUCCUUAGCAAUGACAUUGCAAUGAGAAGCCCUCCACUUUUUUUUUGCUGAACAGCUCGUCAGUCCAAGGGGGAAACUAUAUAUCAAAAAUAAAAAUAGUAGCGGUCGGUCAGCUCUCACCCCACCCGCACCCCGGCAAGAACCAUGAGCCCACUGCACGACAUAAGCCACCAUCGGAACUUAACGCCUGACCGGAAUAUGACCUCCUCCCAUCCGUCCACGCGAUCCAAUCGUGUCGUCGCCGGAACUGCCAGAACCGCCGUUAGCACCGAUAACGCCGGUAACCCUGCUUACGCCGGUAAAACCGGUAUCGAUCUGGAGAAGGCCGACACGGGCUCCGAGUUUCUCGCCUCUAAAAAGGUCCUCGACGAUAAAGAGGCCGCCGCUGGAACCACCUCCGCUCCAGGAUCCCAAUCCAAAAAGCCGCGAAAGCUCUGCGCUUGCGGCUCGCUCUGCGACGCGAUCGGCGGACGAAUAAGCGGGGUACCCGACUCUUCCUUUUCGACGAAAUGGGGAGUGUCGCAAGUGGUCGCGUACCUGCCGCCUGGUUUGCGAGAGCUCCCGGUGCUUCCGACGCCCGGGUCUCGCAUGAAGUCGUCGCAGCUCGUGCAGUGGCUGGGGCUCCUCGCGCUCUUCUCCUGCGCCUCCAUCUGGCUCUUGCUCUGGCUCGGCUCCUGUUGGUCCCCAACGGUCUCGUGGACGUCCACGGCCGUCCCCCGUCCCCCGGCUCAUCCUCGUCACUCCAACCUCGUCACUCCAACCUGUGUGUGUCCGUCCUGGCUAUUCCCCCCCUUGCUCUCUCGCUGCAGGCGCCAACGGUCUCGUGGACGUCGACGGCCGUCCCCCGUCCCCCGCCUCAUCCUCGUCACUCCAACCUCGUCACUCCAACCUGUGUGUGUCCGUCCCGGCUAUUCUCCCCCUUGCUCUCUCGCUGCAGGCGCCAACGGUCUCGUGGACGUCGACGGCCGUCCCCCGUCCCCCGCCUCAUCCUCGUCACUCCAACCUCGUCACUCCAACCUGUGUGUGUCCGUCCCGGCUAUUCUCCCCCUUGCUCUCUCGCUGCAGGCGCCAACGGUCUCGUGGACGUCCACGGCCGUCCCCCGUCCCCGCCUCAUCCUCGUCACUCCCACGUACACGCGCGCGUUCCAGGCGGCGUAUGUCACGGAGUUGACUCACACGUUGCGCCUCGUGCCUCCGCCGCUCACGUGGAUAGUCGUGGAGAGCGGAAACAAGACGGCCGAGACUGCCAUGCUGCUGAACCGGACGGCGGGGUACUGCGCGGCAGAGGAGACUGGCGGCUGUCGAACACUGGACUAUGUUCAUAUAGCGACUGGAGAUAGCGAGGAUCAGCGGUGGUUCCGGGGAGUGGGGCAGCGCAACCUGGCGCUGGAAUACAUCGAGCAGCAAGGGUUGGAGGGCGUGGUCUACUUCAUGGACGACGACAACACGUACGCGCUGCAGCUCUUUGACGAGCUGCGGAAGAUUCGCCGCAUCGGGGUGCUGCCGGUGGGCUUCCUCUUCCACAAGGACAGCCCGCUCAGGUCGUACGUCGGCCGCCCCAUUGUGCGCCUCCCCCCGUUGUCGCCGCCGGCGGCGGCUGUUGGGGAGCGUGGCGCUGCUGUGGGUACCGGCGAUGGCGGCAACGGCAACAGCAGCAGCAACGGCAGCAGCAGCAGCAAAGGAAUCUCCUCUGGGGAUGUCAGGGAAGCACCAUCCGCGAACGUUACAGCAGCAGCAGGUGGUGGUGGUGGUGGUGGCGGCGGUGACUACGAGGGUGAGGAGAUGGAGCCGGUGACCCGCCCGCGGAUCGUCGGGUGGGAGGCGUUCGGCCGGCGCGUUCCACUGCAGAGAGACCCCGAGGCGCGGCGGUAUAUCAUGGACAUGGCUGGGUUCGCGUUCAGCACUGAGGCACUUCGGAACGGCACGGUCCAAGGAGAGAAGCGGCCGAUUCGGUUCCGGCCGUCGAAACGAGGGUUCCUCGAGACUGAUUUCCUGGAGCAGCUGGUGACGCAUGAGGACGACUUUGAGCUGCUGGCAGAUGGGUGUAGAGAAGUGUGGGUAUGGCAUAAGCACACGGAAGACCUUUCCUGGGCCAAGUACCCCGUGGACUGGCGGCCGGAGCACAGCACCUACCGCAUCCCCACUUAUGACUGGGUGAAGAACGGGUCGAGCCACGAGGCCCGGGCGGGGCUGAUUGGGCGGAUUGCUCGUGUUACGAAUGCUACGUUACCGGUGACUGCUGAGAAGAUUAAGGUGGAUGAGGCUGUGAAGGAAGGAGCUGUGAGAGGAGGUGGUGCGGGGGGUGGUUUGGGGCUGCAUGCAGGUUCAAGUCGCAAGGAGAGAGUAGCUGCAGAAGAGGACACGAGGCAGAAUGGCAAAAGGAAGCUGCUAGGACGACCAGGGCUUCAGAUGCAAGCUGUACGACAAGCAAGAAAAGGAGUUGGUGAAAGAGCUAACUGACUUCGACCUAUAUUUUUUAGACUGAGAAUAGGAAGUUGUAUGGCAAGCCCCUUCGCUAAUUUUCCUUCAGAUUUUAAAUAUUUUAUAAGCCGCCUACACAUCAGGAUUGACCAG